AUGAAAAAAUAUCAAAACUUUUUUAAUUCAAAUGAAUUUUUAAAAAUAAUUAUAUCAACAAUUUAUUUACCAACACCAAUAAAUAUUAAUUAUAUAUGAAAUUUUGGUUCAAUUUUAGGAAUUUUUUUAAUAAUUCAAAUUGUUUCAGGUUUUAUUUUAUCUAUACAUUAUUGUCCAAAUAUUGAUAUUGCAUUUUGAUCAAUUACUAAUAUUAUAAAAGAUAUAAAUUCAGGAUGAUUAUUCCGUUUAAUUCAUAUAAAUGGUGCCUCAUUUUAUUUUAUAAUAAUAUAUAUUCAUAUUAGACGAAAUAUAUUUUAUUGUUCAUAUAAAUUAUCAAGUGUAUGAGGAAUUGGAAUUUUAAUUCUAUUAAUUUCUAUAGCUGCUGCAUUUAUAGGAUAUGUACUACCAUGAGGUCAAAUAUCAUACUGAGGUGCAACAGUAAUUACAAAUUUACUAUCAGCUAUUCCAUAUAUUGGUGAUACAAUUGUCUUAUGAAUUUGAGGUGGAUUUUCAAUUAAUAAUGCAACAUUAAAUCGAUUUUUUUCACUUCACUUUAUUUUACCUUUAGUAAUUUUAUUUAUAGUAAUUCUUCAUUUAUUUGCAUUACAUUUAACUGGAUCAUCAAAUCCUUUAGGAUCAAACUAUAAUAAUUAUAAAAUUUCAUUUCAUCCUUACUUUUCUAUUAAAGAUUUAUUAGGAUUUUAUAUUAUUUUAUUUAUUUUUAUAAUAAUUAAUUUUCAAUAUCCUUAUUAUUUAGGAGAUCCUGAUAAUUUUAAAAUUGCUAAUCCAAUAAAUACACCAACUCACAUUAAACCAGAAUGAUAUUUCUUAUUUGCUUACUCAAUUUUACGUGCAAUCCCAAAUAAACUUGGUGGAGUAAUUGGUCUAGUCAUAUCAAUUUUAAUUUUAUAUAUUACUAUUUUAUAUAAUAAUAAAUUAAUAAAUAAUAAAUUCAAUUUAUUUAAUAAAAUUUAUUAUUGAAUAUUUAUUAAUAAUUUUAUUAUAUUAACUUGAUUGGGUAAACAAUUAAUUGAAUAUCCAUUUAUUUAUAUUAAUAUAUUUUUUACUACAACAUAUUUCUUAUAUUUCUUUAUAUCUUUUUAUUUAAGAAAAUUAUGAGAAAAUUUAAUUUGAAAAUCAUUUAAAUAA